CACUCUGCGUCUUUCCUGCAGCUCCCCUGGUCUCCAGCAUCCACAGGUCUCCUCUGCACCCCAGACUCUGAACACAAUGGCCAAGCAGACCUUCAUCCUCUGUCUGUGGCUCCUGGCUGGGAGCCUCUUCACCGAGGCGACCUACUACCGCCACCACCGCUACAUCCCACACUUCUUCCGCUACAGGGAGCCCUCCACCAACACAGAAAACCUCCUUCCCGACGUCGCAAACCCGGCGCCCGAAGUUUCGCAGUCCGGCAACCCGACCUACCCCGAGGUCCCCGAGGUGUUCCACCCGCCGCCCGAAGUUGUCCACACUAUCCCAGAGGCUUUCCACCCGGUGCCCGAAGUCGUGCAUCCGGCACCUGAGACCCAUCACGUGCUGCAGGUCCCCGACAGAAAUCGUGACAGUCGGGUUUUUUACGGAGUCAUGUUUGAUGCUGGGAGCACCGGCACCAGGAUCCACAUCUACAAGUUCAUUCAGAAGGAUCCCGUUGAGCUGCCUGUUCUGGACAAUGAAAUGUUCCAUGCAGUGAAACCUGGAUUGUCUGAAUAUAAGGACAACCCUGAGGAGGGUGGGAACACCAUCCGCCAGCUGCUGAAGAUUGCCAAGAAGACAGUGCCAGAGGAGGAGUGGAGGAGGACGCCAGUGGUCCUGAAGGCCACAGCGGGUCUGCGCCUGCUGCCCCUGGAGAAGGCCAAUGCCCUGCUGAAAGAGGUACGAGAGGUUUUUGAAGAGUCACCUUUCUAUGUGCCAGAGAACAGCGUUUCCAUCAUGAAUGGAGCGAAUGAAGGAGUCCUUGCCUGGGUUACAGUGAACUUCCUCACAGGCCAUUUGUAUUCCAACACCAGGAGGACAGUGGGGAUUCUGGAUUUGGGUGGAGGAUCAACUCAAAUCACUUUCCUUCCUAAAUCAAAGAAAACAAUUGAAGUUGCUCCAAGAAGUUUCACAGCCAAAUUCAACCUGUUCAACCAUACAUAUGAACUCUACACACACAGCUACCUUGGAAAUGGACUAGUUGCCGCCCGCCUUGCAACACUUGGAGCACUAGGAGCCGAUGGACUGGAUUGGAAAGUCUUCACUAGUUCCUGUCUCCCGAAAAAAUACAGAGAAGAAGUGAAAUUUGGAGGGGACAUCUAUAAAGUUAGCGGGAUUCCAGGCGGAUAUGCAGGCUAUAAACUGUGCUACUAUGAGGUCAUGAGGGUCGUCAAGGGAAAUUUUCACCAACCGUACGAAGUGAAAAGCAGCAGCGUCUUCUAUGCUUUUUCCCACUACUAUGACAGAGCUGUGCAGACCGGCCUUAUCAGCAGUCUAGGUGGUGCGGUUGAAGUAAGAGACUUUAAGAAGAAAGCCAAAGAAGUGUGCAACAAAAUGACCAAAUACCGUGCCAUUAGCCCUUUCCUCUGCAUGGACAUGACGUAUAUUACUUGCCUGCUAAAGGAGGGCUUUGGCUUCAAGGACAGCACUGUGCUGCAUCUGGCCAAGAAGGUGAACAAUGUGGAGACCAGCUGGGCUCUGGGGGCGACCUUUGAUUUCUUCAGAAACUUCAACAUCCACCAAAACUAGCUGCAGUCGCUGUCGCUGGCACUGAGAGGGACAGUCUGUCACUGUGGGGCCUCCUUUCCUCUGACCACCCAACCUCCUCAAUUCUUACUAAAACCUCAUCAUCCUGCAAACACUAAAUGAACUCUUUUGUUAAGAAGAAAAAAAAGAAUAAAUCACUAUAUUUUUAUAAGGCCAGCUUUUUCUACUGUAUAUCAAGCUCAUCGUUGGUGGGUUGACUUUAUUUUUAUAAAACGUUUACAUGUUUCCUAAUGUCUUUCUGGCCAACCUGUAAAGGGUGAAGAGGGGAACUUUGGAGGCAGUGAUAGGAGCCAUGGUAUUUUGGUGCUUACUGUGGUCCUGGUGUGCGCUGUGCAGAGCAGUGGAAUAAAUUUAGACAAUAGUUGCCGGAGCCUCAACCACAAUUGUCUUUCUAGAUGCUUGUAAAUCUGUUCUCUUUUUAUUAUAGCUGUAAAUCUUAUUUUAUAUUUAUAUAUACAGAUGCCCAGUUAAUUUGCUCUUGCCAUUAGAUAAAUAAGACAUCAUUGGAAAUAGAGCAGUUGACUACCAGACAGCUUCUUUUUCCUCAACAUCGCACAAAACACUUUAACUGCAGUUAUUGUAGCCGAGACAUGACUAAUUUGCUUUGACUUCCUCUACAGAGUUGUAUAUAUUUAUCAUUAUUUGGGUUUUUUCUUAAAAAGACAAAUGCUGUAGAAAUAUGCCUCUCACAUUGAGUGAACCAGUAUAGUCUGUCCCAGCAAGAGCAGGAGAGAAAAAAAAUAUGUUUUUUUUAAUCUUAUUUUAUUGGGACUUGGGAAGCCACUCAAGGAUCCAGCAGCAUUAUCUGCAGUCAUUUAAUGAUACAUAAACCCAAGUUAUAUAAAACAUGUCUGGAAAGUAUGCUUUCUUUACGUUUUGUGAAUUGUACAAAUAUUUAAAUAGUUGAAAGUUUAUUAUUUUUUAUUAUCUGUACUCAACAUGUUACUGCUCUUCUGACAAUAUUCCAUUUUCAUUAUUCACCAUAUUCAGUUACUACUGCUGUACAUACACAAUGUAAACUUAGUGAAAAUGUUUUUCAAUAUUUACAAAAUAAAUUGUCAUGCCGCACAAUUUCAGAGAAAUAUUUGUCAGUAUGAAAAGUCUGAUGUCUGAUCAUUUGUACAUUGUUUUAAAUAAAUGUUGUGACAAUAACCAAACAGGUAUGUUUUAAUAAAACAUGAAAAUGU